AUGUCUGAAACUGAAAAGCAGUCGGCUUCCGCCACCACUAACACCUCCUCGGCCUCAACCGUUCCUACCUCUGGUUCUGCCACUGGAUCAUCCACCGCCACUGGUCCCUCUGACUCUUUGUUUGAAUCCAACUUUUCUGAGCACGCUGGUGAAAGCGCUGCUGACUCUGAGGCUGAGGGUUCUUCAGGCGCUAAUGCAGGCUCUGCUUCUGCUGCCGCCACCUCUACUGGUUCCUCUUCUUCCUCUACCGGUGGAAACACCUCUGUUGCCGGUGAGCACAAUGAGAAUGCCGUUGCUGGACUCUCUGAUGAGGAAAUUGGUCAGAUGGAACUCACGAUCCGAUCCCUUGUGACAUCCAAGCAAGCCGGUAUCAUCAUUGGCAAGGACGGUAAGAACGUUGCCGACUUGCGUGAGCAGACUGGCGUCAAGGCUGGUGUCUCCAAGUCUGUGAGCGGCGUUCCUGACCGCGUGCUUACAGUGACUGGCACUCUUGAUGGCGUGGCUAAGGCCUACUCGAUGGCUGCUGCAACCUUGUUGGCAACCUCAGCCAGCAAUGCUCAGACCACCAAUUUCCACACGCCUCCGCAACCCGGAGUGAGCACAAUCAAGCUGCUGAUUUCGCACCACCAAAUGGGUACAAUCAUUGGGCUCCAGGGUGCCAAGAUCAAGUCGAUCCAAGAAAACACCAAGGUUCGUAUGGUUGCAUCCAAGGAGCUUUUGCCCAACUCGACAGAGCGUACAGUCGAGGUCCAGGGUACUCCUGAGGCCAUCGAGGAGGCUGUUUGGGAGAUUGGUCGUUGCUUGCUUGAGGACGCUAGUCGCUCGACAAGUACCAUUUACUACAACCCGCAGCCGCGCGGGCUCAGCGGCAACAAUGGCGCGGGUAACACCAAUGUUGGUGGCAACAAUGGGUACACUGCUGGUGGGAACAACUCGUUCAACAAUAACAACGGGUCCCGAUACAAUAAUAACAACAAUGGCGGGUACCGCCAUGGAGGAGGAUCUUUCCGUCAAAAUGGGUUUAAUAACAACCACAAUAAUAAUAAUAACUACAACAACAAUAAUAGCAAUAGCAACAACAGCAGCAGCAGCAGCAGCAACAACACCCGAUCUGAUGGUGAAGAAACUGUUGUUGAUGAAAUGUCCAUUUCUGCCGAUAUGGUUGGAUGCAUUAUUGGACGCGGGGGGUCGCGUAUUGCAGACAUUCGACGUUCGAGUGGUGCACGCAUCUCGAUUGCCAAGGAGCCCCAUGACAAUACUGGGGAGCGACGUUUCACAAUCAUUGGAACCCGCGAGGCAAACCAAAAGGCGCUGGCGCUCUUGUUUAAUCAGCUUGAGUAUGAGAAGAAGCGUCGCACUGGUGAAGAUGGGCUCAAGGAGGAAGCUUAA